CUAACGUGUCGCCGUUCAGUGUUGUCAUUCUCAAAAGAUGUCGCUCAGUCGUAAAAUGAAGACGUUUCUUGUUUUAAUAUAGCAUUCGGUGUGCGUCAUAAUGAGUAGCAUUUGCAGGGAGGUCAUCACGCUCCAACUGGGACAUUAUUCCAACUUUGUGGGCACUCACUGGUGGAAUUUACAGGAUGCAUCUCUGUCUUACGACCCAGAGAUGCCACCUGGAGAGAUCCAGAGUGAUGUCAUGUUUCGUGAAGGCCAGACGCUGGGUGGUAACAUUACCUACACCCCACGCCUCAUUGUCAUGGACCUUAAAGGAAGUCUGCUGACUCUACGGCAGGAAGGAAGUCUGUAUGAUACUGGCAAAGAGACAGCCGCUAUUUCCUGGGAUGGAAGCCUGAUGACGCACAAGGAGAGCCCCCCUGAAAAAAACUCAUUCCUGGAAGACCUGGACAAGUUGGAUAGGGGCGACAUACUGACUGAGGUAGAUUUUUCUUCAAGCUCCAUGCCUCCGCGUGAACGGUCUUUGAAUGUUGACACGGUGAACAGUCGGCUUGCUCGAGUCCAGAAAAACUACAAGCUGGAGGGUAGCGUCAAAGUGUGGUCCGACUUUCUUCGCAUUCACCUGCACCCUCGCACCAUCUCCGUCAUCCACCAGUACAACCACGAUGGGGAGGCCGACCGUCUGGAGGCUUUUGGCCAGGGGCAAGCGCUCCUGCAGGGGUCCGUACUGCAGGAGCUGGAUGACAAACUGCAUUUCUUCGUAGAAGAGUGUGACUACUUCCAAGGUUUCCAGGUACUGUGUGACAUGGCUGAUGGCUUUGCAGGCUUGGGGUCGAAGGUAACCGAAAUGCUCCAAGACGCGUACGGCGGCAGAGGCAUCCUAACCUAUGGGGUGGCCCCCGUCAGUCACCCUAACUCGACUCCAACCAAAGACCUCUACCACCUGUUGAACUGCGCGUUAGGGACGGUCCACUUGGCUAGUCAUAGCUCCAUCUACUGUCCCUUAACGCUGCGCGGCGGGCUGGGCCUGCGACCCUCGUCACCUUUAAGCUUCCCUUACUUAACCUACGAUCCUUCACUUUGGUACCACUCCAGCUCCGUCCUCGCUCUCGCUCUGGAUGCGCUGACUGCGCCGUACAGGUUGAGGAACAGCGUCCCCAUGUGGCAGCUGGCAGACUCGCUGUCUGCGUCAGGGAGAAAGGUGGUGGCGGCUUAUGGUGCUGUCCCGUUUCCAAUGAUGCACGGGGAUUCUCUGCCAGAUGCUUUAAGUGCCUGUGCCGAGUCUUUGCCAUGGAAACCUCUCUCAACAUGCCCGGAAGCAGGAGACGGUCGUUGCUACGGGCAAUGGGUGACACUCAAGGGCUUGGAAGGCCAGAGACUCAUCAGUUCUGGUGCGCCAGGGACUGAACCGCCAUCUGCUCUUCACAACCUACACAGCGGGGAAGACGUCCUGGCGUCCUACGUCGCAUCUUUCUAUCCCACAGCUCCUCUGGCAGUGCAGCUGGUGUCUAGUCCUAGUAAAGUAAUGCCACCUUUCCCUCGUAUAUUCCAUCAGUCUGUUACUAAUAGAGGUCUGGUGCACAGCCAACAGCCUCCAACUAGCUCUCUGGCCGCCUCAGCAGUCUCCUCCGUUCCAGUCAUCACAUCCCUCCAGUCCGGGCCCGCCCUGGACCCGUGGCUCGCAGAGUUGCACCGCAGUGUCAGCGCCUUUGACAUCCGCCGCGUGGCCCCCAGCUUUCUCGCUCAAGGCCCCGAAAUGGCAGAUUACAGCGAGGUCCUGGAGCAGUUGCGUUUACUGGCUCGUUGUUACCGAGACGACAGCGGAGGUAUGACACGGUCUUCUUCUGAGGACGACGACGAUGACUGACAUUGAGUAUUGGACGUGUUUUGUUUACUAAUGGACGCGCUCCCAUAGCUCUGUAGUCCAAAGAAUCAAGACUCACUAAUGUGGUGGUAGAGCUACAGCUAUUUAUCAAACUAUUUCCGCAUUAUGGACCACUUUCAUUUUAUCUGUACUUAAUGAAUCGUGUAAAUCACCUUUUAAAAUGCAGCUUUCUUCUUGGAGCUGUGUAAUCUUCCACAUUAGUGUCUUUUUCCCCCCAAAACACUCUCCUUCGUAGUUUAGUUCUGCAUUCCUUUUAGCAUGUGGGCUUGCAUAAAAAUGGGAGAAACAUGGAUAUAAGCUCAUUUCUAAACAAUACCCCCACGGACUGUAAGACAAUACUGGUGCAAUAUUGAGUGUAGCAUAAUACGGAAUUUGAAUGUAUGGACUUUUCAUGACUUCUUUUGUAAUUAAACAUUUGAUAGUGAUUUGUUGCCUUUGUGGCUUGAUUGCUAACUUGAUUUAAUUAAACACGUCUUUUAGUAAUUCAUUAAAAAUGAUCCCAGCAUAAUUGCAAAUCUAAACAACCCAAACAUAAAAUUAGGCUUUUAAUUUUUUAAUCUGAAAUAAAAUGUUAAGGAUUUCACAAAAGGUGAAACAUAUUACAUAUUCCAAGGAGCACAGCAGUACAUAAUAGUAAGCUUCUAUAUCUGCGGACAAAAAAGGCUAAAACACACACCACUGAUUCAAGUUAUAAAACUAUCACAGACCAAAAAAAACAAACAAAAAAAUCCUCCAUUGGGACUAUGGCAAAGGGGGGGAAAAAAAAAGAUGUGUAAAAGGAAAUGAAAUGAGAAGCAUGUGCAUAAAAGACAUCAAGAGCUGGAGUUGUACAGCUACUUAUCAAAAAGAGAUGGAUGUGUGGGGGUCCGGGGCGACGCUAGGCUAGAUAAAGGCUGGUGACAAACAGUACUAAAUCAAAAACUAUGAGCGAGAACGAGAACGGGACUGGGAGCGGGAUUUAGAGCGAGAGACUGAGCGGGAAGCUGAUCGGGAGUGGGAGCGGGCUUUGACGGGGGAGGGGGACCGGGACUUUGAUUUAGACCUGGCUCUGGAUUUUGAGUCGACGGGAGAGCAGGAGCGAGAGCCCCUCUCCGGUUCGCCUGCUUCGUCGUCGCUCUUGGGCUGGUCUCGACCCUUUGAAACGGACUUCCUGGAGAGAGAACGAGAGCGAGACCUGGACCUGGACUCCUCUUUCUUGACCUUCCCCUCUUUCUUGACCUUCUUGCUUUUCGGGCUGCGACUCCUGCUCAGGUCUUUGUCCUUCUGGUCCCCGUUGCUGCGGUCUUCCUCUUUCUUGCUCUUGCUUUUGCUCUUCUUGCUGUGUGAGUGACUGCGGGAGCGAGAAGCAGGCCUGCAGGGAAAAACCAUCAAACCAAUACAAAAAUAUCACAAAUCAGUGCUUGGAUUUAAACCACAGUCCUCACAAGCAGAACAACUCAUGGAAAAUGUGCAAAGCCAAAAUUUGCACCUUGCGAUAUAGUUCGUUCAAAUCCUAAUCUGUCUUGCAUUUUCCAACAUAUUGGAUGGUUGCUUUGAUGCCAAAGUACUCGUUUUUUGGCUACCACAACAUUUUAAUACCUGCCUUUGGCCGUACAGCAACAGCAUGCAGAUUCACAACUUGAAUGCAUUUUUGACAAAACAAAAAUUUAGCAAACCAAAAUUCAGUUUGGAGUGUUCUAAAUAGGCCUGUUACGAUAACACAUUUUGCUGGCGAUCAUUGUACUACACAUUAUAAUCUAAGGUGUGAUUCACAUUUUAACCACUAGAUGGUGCUCAAGUCUACUGAACCUGUGUGAGCCACAUUAGCUUCUGAGCCCAUUUUUCCAUUAAUUAUAUGGCAUAAAAUACCUGUCACGAUAACAAAUUUUGCUGGUAGGUAAUUGGGCUACAAAUGUUCCAUGUUGGCAUUUUUUAGACCAUUUUGCCAUUAUUGAUAUGGCGUGAUAAUGAGAGCGCAUUGUAUCUUCUGCACCUCCAGCUGUAGGUUUUUUUUUUCUCUCCAGUUGGAAGAACUGAAAAGGAUUGUUUUGUUUCAGGUGUGCAUACAAGUCGGUCGUGUUCCCCUGCUUCCUCGUCACUACUUUUGAACAAAUGUGACAUAUCCCUUCGGUGUCCAUGUGCUCACCUUGUUCAGUCUGUUUAAACCCAAACUAUUUCCACACUGGGGCUGUUGGGUUCGCCUUAGAAACCACCACUUCUGUGCCUUCAUGUUAGCG